AUGGAUUCCCACUCUUUUGAUGCCUGGUGGUCGCAAGGCAACUAUACCAUGCCCCCCCAGCAGACGGCCAUGUUCGAGAUGCCACCGGAUCUGUCCAAAGUUCCCAGUCUUAGCGGAUCGCCUGUCUCUUCUACUUAUGAUCAAUUCCCUAGCGCGCUCCCACAAGAGUACUAUCCUCAGAUUGCCGGCGAAACGAUGCAUUUCGGAAACUACCAGAUUCCCAUGACACCGCCAGAGUUCGGUUCAGAUCACGACAGCCCAUACUGCAGUCCACGGCCGCCUCCACAUGUUGAGCCAGUUUUCUCACACGGCCAAAUGUCACAGCAAAUAUCUCAACUACCCGUCCCUACAGAACGACAACACACUACUUCAGGGAGGAGGCGAGCCCAGAAUCGAGCGGCACAACGCGCAUUCAGAGAGCGAAAGGAAAAGCACGCUCGAGACUUGGAGGAUCAAUUAGCUGUCCUGAACGAGAAGUACAAUAAGCUGGAGACGUCACAUACAGAUCUCAAUGCCGCUUACGAAAAGCUUCGAAAAACUAUCGAGCUGCUCACUCAAGACGACGGUGCCGGCGACGACGACGACGACGAGAGCAAACUGUCCAGACGAAGAAGCAGCAACUCAGAGACGCUUCGAAAACUUCUGGAGAUAAUACACGGCGACUUCAAGGGAAUCGGAGUGAAAAGCGAGAAACCUUAG